ACGUAGCCCGGGAUAUAAUGAAUUAACUCCCUUACUAAUAACUCUUACAGCAGGACAAACAUGGCGACCCUGAAACUGUUUUCGGCGACUAGGGCAGCUCAUGGCCAUUUACAGAAACUAGUACGACCAGGAGCUUGCAUGUAUCAGCAGAAGCGGUCAAAAUACAUGGACGUAAGCAAACCUCCAGAUGCUACUAGUUUUGGUGGAAUGACCAGUGACCAUGUUGCUAUUCUGUUCUUCAGGGAAACUCUAAGAGGACUUGGAAUCAUAUCAGGUAUGAUGUUUAAAGAGCCUGCCACCAUCAACUACCCAUUUGAGAAGGGACCUCUGAGCCCACGUUUCCGAGGAGAACAUGCCCUUCGUCGUUACCCAUCGGGAGAAGAGAGAUGCAUUGCAUGUAAAUUGUGUGAGGCGGUUUGUCCGGCUCAGGCCAUCACCAUAGAAGCUGAACCGAGGGCGGAUGGCAGUCGUCGGACGACAAGAUAUGACAUUGACAUGACAAAGUGUAUCUACUGUGGCUUCUGUCAAGAGGCCUGCCCUGUGGACGCUAUUGUUGAGGGUCCUAACUUUGAGUAUUCAACAGAAACACAUGAAGAGUUACUAUAUAACAAGGAAAAGUUGUUACACAACGGAGAUAAAUGGGAGGCAGAGAUUGCUGCAAAUCUACAGGCCGACCACCUCUAUAGAUAGUUCCCUAGUGCUAUAAACACUGACAGAUUGUACAUACUCACUAGUGUGAUAUAGGGUUAUAUAAAAACACUUGACCUCAUUAUGCAGUGUAUUAAUUUGGUAUGUUGCACUGGAGGAUGAAAAUUGACUUUUUUGAAAUAUGAAGUCAGUAGAUUGUUUCAAUACAAAACUAACAAAAAAUAACAUUCAUGUUUUUAGCUUUAUUAUUAAAUAUUGAUAAAUACUGCAAUAUUUGGGUAGUAUUGUGAUCCAUGUCAGGAUCUUGACAUGCCAUCUCUAUUUUGUGACCUACUUCAAACAUUAAAAGAAAAAUCUGUAGGGCUUGUGGUGAAAAUAUCAUGCCAAAUAUGUACUAAAUUUGAACAGCUUAAAGUUACUUGUUGCAUUUAUGGAUAUACCAUUGUGACUUUAGCCCUGUUUUGUAAAUAUAUGUGACGGAUGUUAUGAUGUGAAUAAACAAAACAAACCUGAA